GACGUGUAAAUUUCAUAGUACGCCGCAAAAAUGCCGAUCGAAAAUUUAGAAGAAGAAGGGCUUGCUAAAAACCCAAAUUUAGAGCUAGCACAGUGGAAAUUUCUUCUGACAACAGAUUUACACAAAGAUGACAAAGGGCUCAAACAAAAGACAUUGGAUUUCAUUGUCGAAAACAAUAUGGCCCCUUUCUAUGAAGAACUUAGUCAUUCUCUGAGCUGGAAGAUCGAUCAGGCUUUAUUGAAGAAAAUGCGUGCAGCAAAUCACGCGGAGCUGAAGAAACUUGACGAGGCAAUAGCAGAUGCUGAGAAAAACCUUGGUGAAUCAGAAAUACGGGAAAAUAUGCUGAAAAAGGCAGAAUACUUAUGUAGUAUUGGUGAUAAGGAGGAAUGCCUUUCUCAGUUCAGGAAGACACAAGAGAAGACUGUAUCUCUAGGAUAUAGGUUAGAUCUUGUGUUUCACUUGAUCAGAAUUGGCUUGUUCUAUAUGGACCAUGAUCUCAUAAACAGAAACCUUGAAAAAGCACAGAGUUUAAUAGAUGAAGGAGGUGAUUGGGAUAGAAGAAACAGGUUAAAAGUUUAUCGUGGUGUCUACUGUAUGUCUAUACGAAAGUUUAAAGAGGCGGCAAGUCUUUUCCUCGAUACUGUUGCCACAUUCACAUCAUAUGAAUUAAUGGAUUAUCACUCAUUUGUAACAUAUACCGUACUCAGCAGCAUCAUUGAAUUGGAGCGGCCAACUCUAAGAGAAAAGGUUAUAAAGGGAUCAGAAAUCUUGGAAGUGCUACAUAGUUUACCAAAAGUCAGAAAAUAUUUGUUCUCAUUAUAUGAUACACAUUAUGGCGAUUUCUUCAGAUCAUUGGCUGAGGUUGAAGAUUUGAUGAAGUAUGACAGAUAUUUGAACCCUCACUACAGAUACUAUGUUCGUGAAAUGAGAAUAGUGGCAUAUAACCAGUUAUUGGAAUCAUAUAGAAGUCUUACACUGGAAUAUAUGGCUGAUGCAUUCGGUGUUACAAUACAGUUUGUUGAUCAAGAGUUGUCACGAUUCAUUGCUGCUGGUAGAUUACAUGCCAAGAUAGACAAAGUUGGUGGUAUAGUAGAAACAAACAGACCAGACAGUAAAAACUGGCAAUAUCAGGAAACAAUAAAGAAAGGUGAUAUUCUAUUGAACAGAGUUCAGAAGUUGAGCCGAGUCAUCAAUAUUUGAGUUGUUACAUUACUCACACAGACUUUAUCAUCUUGUAAUUGUAUCUUUGUUUAUUUCUGGAAAAUUCAUUGGACGAAAUAGACCAUGUUAUUUUACGAUAUUGACUCUUAACAUCAAGUCAAAAAUGGCAAUUGUAAUGGUGGUAGAUAUGAAAUAUUACACAUUGCAUUAAAGUGCUUUAUCUACGGUAUAUUUAUGAUAUUUAAAAUAUUUAAGAUUGUGUCAUUACACCAUAUGUUUAAUUAUAACUGUGAAACAAUGAAACAUAUGUGAAAGAGGGAAUAAAAAGAUCAAAGACUUACACCUAACUAACUGUGGCAUUUUUGAUGCAUAGUAAGUUUGAGGUACUAUGUCAUUUGUAAAAUUUGAAAUUAUUUCUGAAGGAUUUGUAUCAUAAUUAAUGAAAAACAAAAUUUAAAAUUUGUAACAAUACUUGGACAUUAUUUACUUUUCAUUUUUAGUAAACUGUUAAAAACAG